AUGGAUUACGAUUCGGCAGCUGGAAAGGGAGUUCUCUCCGACGGACCUUACAUGCCGCUCUCGAAACCGUUACCAUUUACUGAUCAUCCUCAAAUUCAACGAACUCGUCAAAUUCAUUUCAUUUUAAAUGGAAUUCUUCUCAUACUCUCAGUGAUCGAUCUUGUACUCGGCCUCACCGGAGUUAAAUUCUUGAACGAUCAAGGAAUGCAUGUUAUGGCUUAUCACAUCAGUCAAGCUAUAGUUUGGAUUCUUUUGAGUAUCUUUGGACUUCUUGUCACCUACAAAUACAAUCGAACUGGUCUACUCAUGUUUGCAUGGGUAAAUGUCGUUCUACUCGUCAUUCUUGGUGUUCUCAUCAUUAUCAUCUUGAGUAUCAUUGGUUGGUUAUCGUUUUCAAAAAGAUUUCGUCAACAUUAUGAGCCACCAUUAUUUGUUGUUAUAUUAUCAAUUGUCGGUAUCGUAUUUAUUGCUAUUCGGAUAUACGUAAUUAAAGUUGCUAUGAAAUUGGCACGCCUUAUUAAGAUGAAUAAAAAUUUGAUCAACGAGACAAUUCAAUAG